AUGACACCAGAUAAAAUUAAAUUAAAAAUCGAAGGCGCAAUUUCGUUAAUAGACUUAAAAAGUUUACUUAAAGCUCAAGGCGAGUAUUUCUUAGAUGAUGGUUUCUCUCAUAAAUUAAUUCACAUAAAAACAAAUGAAGAUCUGAAUGAUAGUCUAUACACUAAAGCAAUCUGCAUCUUUGCAUCUAAUUUCAUGGAAAAUAAAUGCUUAGAGAAAUUUCAAAAAGAUCACACUGAUGAUCUAUGCAGUUUUAUUAAGAACUUAAGAGACAUUUCAGAGAUUGCAGUUCUUCAUGGAAAGUUGUUUGAAAUGUGGUCACAUGCAAAGAUCUGUAAAGAGAAGACAUUUCAAGAUUUUAGCAAUAUCAAAGAUAUUAACAUUAGAGAAGGAAUUUAUUAUCAGCCAGUUACUAAAAAUUAUCAAAGUAUAGAUAGUUACAUUCAUCCUAAUCAGCUAUUACAAAUCACUAUUGCCGACAGACAUAGGGUUAA